GAUGCGAAAACUGUGGAGACCAUAAAACACUUUGAAUGGAUAAACUCGUAAUAUAAUAACUGAGUCAACUCGUUUAACUCAAAAAAAGAAAUAAAAAGAAAACAGAGGUUUUGUGGAGAGGAAAACGUUGCAUGUCAUCUUCGUAUCUUCUUCAUUUUCUCUCUCCUCCUGUAAUCUAACACAGUUCAUGUGAAUGUGAGUGAGCUCACCAACAAUGGCGGCGAAACUCAAUUCUUGUUUUUUGAGCCAUGGUUUGAUUGGAUUGAAUACUAAACACUCUAAUUUGUGCUCUGCUGAUUUCUCUCGUAAUCAUCAUCGAUUGCUUCCUGCUUCUUGCAAGAUUCGACAGCGUAAUCUCAGUUCUCAACCUAAAAAACGACAAGUAAAGAAAACCUCUCCUAAGAAACUCCGUAUAGAUGCAAAUCUGGAACCAGAUGGCGAAGCAGAUGUUGAAUUUGGGAAUGCUUUAAUCAACGGUGUCUCAAGUUCUAAACAAGAGAGCAUACAUCAGAAUGACUUAAACAAUGAAGUCAACAAGGAGGUCAAUGGGAAUAAUUUGGAUAACUUUCCGAUGUUAGAUAACAAAACUCUGAUGUUGCCAUCACCACGUCACAACAGUGCUAUUAUAACUCAACUAGACAGCACCAAGAUGUCUCACACCGAUGAUAUCGGUGUCAAUCAUAAUUCUUUGUCCUUGAACUUAAUUGGUGGUGAGCAGCUUUCAUCUCUACAAUUUGAGGAUUUGAUCAAAAUGAUAAGGAGUGCUGAGAAAAAUGUCCUCCUCCUCAAUCAAGCUAGGAUUCGAGCACUUGAAGAUUUGGAGAAGAUUCUACAAGAGAAGGAAGCGCUGCAAAGACAAAUUAAUGCCUUGGAGUUGAAAGUAGCAGAAACUGAUGCUAAAAUCAAAGUUGCUGCCGAGGAGAAGAUACAGGUUGAGCUUCUUCAAGAUCAGUUGGAGAAGUUGAGGAAGGAAUCUUCGAAGAGUGAUGCCGAAGAAGUACAAGAAACUUCUGGCAAUGAAGAUCCUCAUUUAUUAAAUAGUGAUUUAUAUAGUCUAAGCAAGGAUCUUGAUUCUCUUAAGGCAGAGAAUGUUUCUUUGAAAGAUAAUAUAAUUUCCCUCAGAGCUGAACUUAGUAAUGUCAGCAUAACAGAUGAACGAGUGCCUUCACAGGAGAAGGAGCGUUCAUAUUUGCUUUCAACUGUGAAAGAUUUGGAGUGUAAACUUGCAACAUCUCAGGAGGAUGUAACUAAACUUUCUACCCUGCAAUAUGAAUAUAAUAAUUUGAGUGAGAAAGUACAGAAAUUGCAAGCAUUGCUUGAUAAUGCAACCAAGCAAGCUGAACAUGCCAUACUAGUACUGCAGCAAAAUCAGGAGCUUCGUAAGAAGGUGGAGAAGUUGGAAGAAUCUCUUUCUGAGGCAAAUGAUUUUAGGAUGUCAACUGAGAAGAUGCAGCAAUACAAUGAAUUAAUGCAGCAAAAAGUAAAGCUGUUGGAGGAGCGCCUUGAAAGGUCAGAUGAAGAGAUAAACUCUUAUAUUCACAUGUAUCAAGAAUCAAUGAAGGAAUUUCAAGAUACGCUUAAUCAUUUGAAGCAAGAGAAUGAGGAGAGAGCUACUGAGGGACCUGUCAAUGAUAUGCCCUGGGAGUUUUGGAGUCAAAUGCUUCUAAUGAUCGAUGGAUGGUUGCUUGAGAAAAAACUGUCUUCAAAUGAUGCAGAUAUGUUGAGGGAAAUGGUGUGGAAGAGAGAUCGUAGUGUUUGUGAUGUAUACUUGGAAUGUAAGGAAAUGACUGAACGUGAAAUGUUGGCCAAAUUUUUGAGUCUGACAUCUGCUUCUACACGGUCUGCAUUACAUGUCAUUCACAUUGCAGCGGAGAUGGCACCAGUUGCAAAGGUUGGAGGUCUUGGAGAUGUGGUGACUGGUCUUGGUAAAGCACUUCAGAAGAAAGGACAUCUCGUGGAAAUUAUUCUUCCUAAAUAUGAUUGUAUGCAGUAUGAUCUCAUUCAUAACUUGCGGGCUUUGGACGUGGAAGUAGAGUCAUAUUUUGAUGGACAAUUAUACAAAAACAAGAUUUGGAUUGGCACAGUUGAAGGUCUUCCUGUCUACUUCGUUGAGCCAUAUCAUCCAGAUAAAUUCUUCUGGAGGGGACAAUUUUAUGGGGAGAACGAUGACUUCAAGCGGUUCUCAUUUUUCAGUCGUGCCGCACUUGAAUUACUUCUUCAAGCUGGGAAGAAGCCAGAUAUAAUACAUUGCCAUGAUUGGCAGACAGCUUUUGUUGCACCAUUGUACUGGGAUCUCUAUGCAUCAAAGGGACUAAAUUCAGCUAGGAUUUGUUUCACAUGCCACAACUUUGAGUAUCAAGGCACUGCUCCAGCUCCAGAACUGGCUUCCUGUGGUCUUGAUGUUUAUCAGCUCAACAGGCCAGAUAGGAUGCAGGACAAUUCUGCUCAUGAUAGGAUUAAUGCUGUCAAGGGUGCAGUGGUGUUCUCCAACAUUGUAACAACAGUGUCACCCACCUAUGCGCAGGAGGUUCGGAGCCCUGAGGGCGGGAGAGGCCUUCACUCAACACUUAAUUCUCACUCUAAAAAGUUCAUAGGAAUCCUUAAUGGCAUUGAUACUGAUACAUGGAAUCCUUCUACUGAUUCACGGAUUGAAGUGCAAUACAAUUCAAGUGAUCUUCAGGGAAAAGCAGCGAAUAAGCAAGCUCUAAGAAGACGUCUUGGACUUCUUCUUUCAGAUUCUACACGACCUUUGAUUGGUUGCAUUACGAGGUUGGUUCCGCAAAAGGGGGUACACCUAAUAAGACAUGCUAUAUAUCGGACAAUAGAGCUUGGAGGGCAAUUUGUUCUUCUUGGCUCCAGUCCUGUUCAUCAUAUUCAGAGAGAAUUUGAGGGCAUUGCGAGCCAGUUUCAGAAUGAUGAUAAUGUGCGGCUGAUACUGAAAUAUGACGAGUUACUUUCUCGUUCAAUAUAUGCUGCAUCUGAUAUAUUCAUCAUCCCAUCUAUCUUUGAGCCAUGUGGGCUGACACAGAUGAUUGCAAUGAGAUAUGGUGCGAUACCUAUUGCAAGAAAGACUGGUGGCUUAAAUGACAGUGUUUUCGAUGUUGAUGAUGAAACAAUACCACCUGAGUUCCGGAAUGGAUUUACGUUCUUGUCACCUGAUGAACAGGGUUUUAACGGGGCUUUGGACCGUGCCAUACAAUACUACAAAAAUGAUAGAGAGAGUUGGGAACACCUUGUCCAGAAGGUUAUGAAUAUGGAUUUUAGCUGGGAAUCUUCAGCUGAGCAGUAUGAGGAGCUUUAUGUGAAGUCAGUGACUAGAGCAAGGGCUGCAAAACGUGCUUAAUAUCUGGAACCACAGUUGUAGAACAGGAGCAAGGGCGCAAUGUACCCUGCAAGUCCGCAAUGGUAACGUCACUUGUGACUAUACAAGGUUCAGAUAUGCUUACUUCUUGUGUGAGGCCUCAUCAUUUUCGGUUAUAUUUGAGAGCAGUCUAUUACUUGACAAUUGAACAAAAUCUGGAUAACUACUUAGCUGAAGAGAGCUCCACAUCAUUAUUUCUAGAAGCUUGUCUUCUUGUUGCACAGUACUUUUUGCCUAACAGAGGAGGAAUGUUUGGUACUGUUUCUGUACAGAAUUUUAUCACCUACAUGCGUAGAUUGAAAGUUCUUCCUUUUCUUGAGGGGGAAGGAGUCGAGUUUACCACAGUGUAUAUAAUAAACAGAUGUAAGAAGAAAGAACAAAAGUUUAAUACUCGAUAUAUUUAAUGUUGAGAUUUGCUGUUCACCCAUGAUUGUUGUUUAGAUUGAUUGGUCACCUGUGAAAAUUAAACCAAUCUAACUAAAUUAUAUUGUUGUUUAGUUGAUA